UCAUCUAUUUGGGUCUCACUGUUCUUCUGACUGGUAAAACCUAAGCUAAUUCAAUCCAGACGACGAGAAGCACAAUAAGCGGGGGAAGAAUUCAAGCUUUAACACCGUAUCACCGCAAAUAUAGUUCUUAGGAUUGGAUCACACUUAUGUGGCAGUCUUUUCUUGAGCUCUGACAAGCUUUCUGAUGCCUAUUUUACAUCAGAUCUUUGUUUUGUUUCUGUUAUUAUGGCCGGCGAUUACUCUAAGUAAUGUACUUCUCCAAAAGGAAGAAAGAGAACAGUUUUCAGAGGAACUCCUGUUGAAGCCUUUGCCCGAUCGAAAGAUUUUGGCACACUUCCACUUCGAUAGUAGGGUUCCUCCCACUCGCACCUAUGGCCACCACCAUCAUCUCUUCCCUAAAGCCAUUUAUCAGCUGGUUAAGAAGUUUCGAAUUCGAGAAAUGGAGUUAUCUUUUACUCAAGGCAGGUGGAAUUAUGAACGAUGGGGUGGAUAUGAGCCUAUAGCAAGCAACAAUGCCAAGCCUCCUGGAGUUGAAUUGUGGGCUGUUUUUGAUGUCCCUCAACAUGAAGUUGAUUCUUCAUGGAAAAAUUUGACCCACGCUCUUUCGGGUCUCUUUUGUGCUUCAAUAAACUUUCUAGAGUCUUCAACUACUUAUUCAGCUCCUUCUUGGGGAUUUCAUACACUUGCGACUAAGUUAAGGUAUGGCACCUUGCCUCGUGAGGCUGUAUGUACUGAGAACUUGACACCAUGGUUGAAGUUAUUACCUUGCCGAGACAAAGCAGGUUUGUCAACAUUAAUGGACAGGCCAUCACUUUAUAGAGGAUAUUACCAUUCUCAACGUCUCCAUUUAACUUCUUCUGAAUUUGAUUCAAUUGGUUUGACCUCUGGCAUUGUACUUGAACAGACACUUACAGUUGUUAUUCAACCAAGCAUACAAGAAAAUAUCAUGACCUAUUCUGGCGAAUUAGCUUUGCAACCAAGUUGGUCUUUGAGUUCGCUUUUUGGAAGGGAAGUUAAUGGAAGAUGUGUUGUUGCUGAUUCUAGCAAUGUGUUUUUCCAACUAGACGGGGAUUUAGUUUCUGAACUACACAAGUUACAGAAGGAAACUGAUAUAUGGAAUCCACCUGGGUUCGAAUUUUCUGUUUCUCCCGACAGGGUAAUUAAAAGCUUGACAAAGGGGAACCCAUCUAUUCUGUAUGAAUUCUCUAUGGAGAAUUACAGUGAUUCCAGACCGUUUGAUCUGGGGAUUACAUGGAAUAUGCCAUUUGUUUGGUCAUGUCCUCAGGCACCAUUACAUGCUAGUAGGUUCUUGAUGGGAAGUGGGAAUGAAAGAGGCAGCAUAGCUAUCUUGUUAAAACCUACUAAGCAGAAAGAGAUCAUCCAUAAUAGUGAUGUGACAAUUGGAGACACUUGUAGUUUAGGGGUUCAUGUUUUUCAGUUUGUUCCUUGGUAUGUCAAGGUGUAUUAUCAUACACUGCAAGCCUUUGUUGAUGAACAACCUGUUUCUCUUAAGGAUAUAGUGAAGAAGAUGCAUGUUUCACCUUCACAAGAUAAGGUGUCACCCGGAAUAAUGGAACUGACAAUUGACCUGCCUUGUAAUCUGACGUCAGCUGCAUUAUCUGUUGACUUUGAUAAGGGAUUUUUGCACAUUGAUGAAUAUCCUCCAGAUGCCAAUCAGGGAUUUGACAUCCCAUCAGCUGUUGUAAGAUUUCCCAAUCACCAAGCUAGUAUAAAUUUCAUUGAAGAUAUGACUUCAAACAAAUCGCCUCUACUCUCUAAGUUGCAGGAGAAAAACCCUGUCUUGGCCUAUACGGAAGUUCUACUCGUGCCAUUGACAACACCUGAUUUCAGCAUGCCCUACAAUGUCAUCACCAUUACAUGUACAGUCUUUGCUUUAUAUUUUGGGUCGCUGCUCAAUGUAUUACGGAGGCGUGUUAGCGAGGAAGAAAGAUAUCUGAAAAGUAAAGCUGCCCAAAGACAUGGUCAAACUCGAUUUUCUUUAUCCAAUUUGUUUUCCAAACUUAGAGGAAGAUCUUCAGAACCGCCGCAACUAUCGUCGUCGUCAUCAUCAUCAUUGAUAAAUCGCAAGGUGGUAAUUAAGCUGAUCUUAGUGGCAGGAAUUGCGGUUGCUUGGCAGUAUUAUUCUGGAUAAAGUGUGGAACAGAACACAUGUACAAUAUGUUCUAGACACGAUUUGAGAGUAGGAAUUCUCCAUAGAAAUAUUUUCAUAGAAAGAAUUUUGCUGGUGGAAGAACAAAUUUUUGUUUUUGUUUUUGACAUCUUCUAACAUUGUAAUUUCUUUUGCUAACUAAAAUGUUAUGAUCAAAUGGCAUUUUAUUGUAGAAGAGACACUAUGGAUGAUUGAAAUGCUUUUGAUGGCACAAUCUACAGGAGGUGAUUGCAUUAAUGGGUAUGCUCUUAGUCUCU